AUGGCAUUUGAUGGUACCUGGAAGGUAGACCGGAAUGAAAACUAUGACAAGUUCAUGGAAAAAUUGGGUGUUAAUGUUGUGAAAAGGAAGCUUGCAGCACAUGACAAUUUGAAAGUGAUCAUUACACAAGAAGGAAAUAAAUUCACGAUCAAAGAAACAAGUGCUUUUCGAAGCAUUGAAAUUGUGUUUGAUCUUGGUGUCACUUUUAAUUACUGUAUGGCAGAUGGAACUGAACUCACUGGAACCUGGAAUAUAGAGGGAAACAAACUGGUUGGAAGAUUCACUCGAGUAGACAAUGGGAAAGAGCUGAAUACUGUCAGAGAAAUCAUUGGUGGUGAACUGGUCCACACUUAUUUAUAUGAAGGAGUAGAAGCCAAGAGGAUCUUUAAAAAGGAAUGA